CGGAGUUGACGGCUUGCUUGGCAACGACAGUCGCUCGCCUAGAAACAGCGUAGUUUGCUCGGGUUUGUUGUGGAAAAUACUGUUAUUUUUUAUUUAACAGUUGAAUAUUGAUCUUUGCUCGGUGACCUGCUGAACAUGACCGACUCUCCGCUCAGUUCUUUGGGCGCUAAAGUUGUUGUCGCUUCGUCCAGCGACGAAAAUCACCCUCCAGAAAACAUCAUUGACGGAAACACUAACACGUUUUGGAUGUCCACUGGGAUGUUUCCUCAGGAGUUCAUCAUCCGCUUUGCUGAACCCACAAACCUCUCUUCCCUGACAGUGGACAGCUACAACGUAAAACACCUAAAGGUGGAAAAGAAUAUGUCGCAAAACGCGUCCCAGUUUGAGUUUGUUACAGAGAAAGACUGUGAACACACAGAAGGACAUCUUCAGUCAAAUUCUGUCUCGCUAAACGGUGGCAGUGCAGUCCACCUCCGUUUCAUCAUCACAACAGGACAUGAUCACUUUGUCUCCGUGCACAGAGUCGGCGUACAACACUGACACUGUGUGAUUAUUGUAAAUUAAAGCCAAUAUUUUUAUAUGUAUAUAUGUAUGUGUGUAUAUAUAUAUAUAU